AUGUCAGGCGAGUACUCGAGGCAAAAUACAUCAUCGCAGAUCAGCAGACAACAUAAUCCUCCGCCCGAGAACAAUGCACAAGCUAGAAUUGACGACGACAGUGGUAUUCUACCGAGCAACCAAUGCAGGGAGACUUCAGUUGCCGAAGCCGAGAAUCUGGACUGGCUCUCUGGAGGUUCAAUUCUUGAAAACUGGACCCUGCUCGAGCUGGGGAACUCGUCGCCAUACGAUAUGUCUAUGUUCAGUGGGGUAGGAGAAAUAUAG